AUGGCGGACGUCAGCGACAAGUUCUCGGUAGUGCCGAGCGCUGACGGGAUUGCUCACCUGUAUGUGGACAUGAUGUCGCAGCCGUCGCGUGCACUGGUGCUGUUCUGCAAGGCAGCAGGAGUUCCGCAUGAGCUCCACAUUGUGCACAUUGCUCGCGGCGAGCACAAGUCGCCGAGCUACGCCAAGCACAUCAACGCCAACAAGAAGGUGCCCGCAGCAGUCAUCGAUGGCGUCCGCAUGGCCGAGUCACACACCAUUCUGCGGUUUAUCGCAGAGCACUUUGCCCUGCCGCUCAGCUGGUAUCCCUACUCGCAGCCCAUUCCUCGGGUGGCCAUCGAUGAGUACCUCGACUGGCACCACACCAACCUCCGUCCGGGCUGCGCGCACUUUUUCCGUGCUGCCUUUCUCCUUCCCAAGCUCCAGAACCGGGCCGUUGAUCUCGAUGAGGUUGCAACAACUCGGAAGGCUAUGGAGGUGGCUGUCUACAAGCUCAACAAGAUCUUUCUCAAGGGGCCGGGUGCUACUUACCUCUGCGGCCGCUACAUGCCCUCCAUCGCAGACCUCUCCGCCUUUUGCGAGCUGACUCAGCUCGAGAUCCUCGGCUCCGACUUUGACGCCAUCAUUGCCGACAAGCCCGAGCUCGUUGCCUGGAUCGCCCGCAUGAAGAAGCUCCCGGGCUACGACGACGUCCACACUGUGUUCAACAAGGUCAAGGCCGCAAACUCGCGCCCCAACAAGCUGUAAAGCCCGAGACGCCCGCGAGAUAGUCAGUAAACUGCCUG